AUGCAGUUAUCCAGGAAAGUAGUACAGAAUAUUCAUCUUUCUGGUGGAAGCUUGUUGGGAGUUUCACGAGGAGGACCUAGUGUGAGCAGUAUUGUUGAUAAUAUGCAGGUAAAUGGAAUCAACAUGCUUUUUGUUUUGGGUGGGAAUGGAACUCACGCGGGUGCAAAUGCGAUACACAAUGAGUGUCGGAAGAGAAGGUUGAAGGUUUCUGUUGUGGGUGUUCCGAAGACAAUUGAUAAUGAUAUUUUGUUCAUGGACAAGACAUUUGGUUUUGAUACUGCUGUUGAAGAAGCACAAAGGGCAAUUAAUGCAGCAUCUAUAGAGGCUAAUAGCGCUUAUCACGGAAUUGGAAUAGUGAAAUUGAUGGGACGUAGUAGUGGAUUCAUAGCAAUGCAGGCAUCCCUUGCAAGCGGACAAAUUGAUAUAUGCUUGAUCCCAGAAGUAGAGUUUCAACUUCAUGGACCACACGGGGUCCUUAGUCAUCUAAAUUAUCUUAUCAAAACAAAAGGGUCCGCUGUUUUAUGUGUAGCCGAGGGAGCUGGUCAGGAAUUCCUGAAGAAAACAAACUGUAAGGAUGCAUCUGGAAAUGUUCAACUUGGAGAUAUUGGUGUAUAUAUAACUCAACAAACAAAAGAUUACUUCAAGGAGAUGGAUAUGCCGGCUGAUGUGAAGUACAUAGACCCGACUUAUAUGAUUAGAGCUUGCCGAGCAAACGCAUCAGAUGGUAUUCUUUGCACUGUGCUAGGACAAAAUGCUGUUCAUGGUGCAUUUGGUGGAUAUAGUGGGAUUACAGUCGGAAUAUGCAACACACAUUUUGUUUACCUUCCAAUCCCAGAAGUCAUUUCGUAUCCUCGAAUCGUCGAUCCCAACAGCCGCAUGUGGCAUCGUUGCUUAACCUCUACAGGCCAACCAGAUUUCCUCUGA